AUGGACGCGACGUCGACGUCGGAAGCGGUGGACGCCGCGCUGCGCGACGUCUACGCGGCGUGCGAGCGCGUGCGAGAGGCGUUGCAAGAAAACUCGCUUCCGAGCGAUGUCAGACGCGCGCUGGACGGCGUCGAACUUCGUGCGAGAGCGGCGCGGGCGAUGGAGGCGCCGCGAGAGGCGUUGGAGGCGAUGCAGCGAACGGUUCGUGCCACGGUGGAGGCGGGAGAGCGGGCGACUUGGACGUGGGAGGUGGACGCGCGCGAGAGAGGGCGAGAGGGCGAGCUCGUUCGGGACGUCACGGAGGAGCUCGAUCGGUGGGCGGAGGAGGACGAGCGACGGCGGGCGAAGCGGCGGGAGGAAGAUGUGUGUGCGCGUUCGUCGUCGGUACGGGCGGAGGAGGCGUCGGGGGUACGGGAUGGUGCGCGCGCGUUGCGGGAGUUGGAGCGGGCGACGUUUUCGAGACGCGCCGUCUCUCGUCGCGAGCCGCUCAAUGGAGAAGACGAGGCAAGGGAGCGCGGGAGGAAAAAGAGGGAAGAAGUUUUAUUAAAGAUAGACGAGACGUUGGCUUCGAUCACGGAUGAGGGGAUGGAGGGUGCGGUGACGGUGGCCUCAAACUUGGGCGAUGGUUCAGCGAAAUUCGUCGUCGGUCCUGUUGUCGGUUGGUUGACCAAUCAGAGUACGUUUUUGCGCGCCAGCGUCGCUGUGGUCCUUGUGUGCACUUUCUUCGCGAUCGUGCUCAUCGAAUUUCUCGUGGAUGAACGGUCCGCGGAUUCCGGUGCCGUGACGUUCAACUCUGCGCCGCGCGCGUAG